AUGUCAGAUCUCAACGCUGAAAAAGCGGUAGCCGAUCCGCCUCAGUUGCAAAACCCCGGAGAGAAGCAUCCCGAGAAGACAGGAUCUCAAGACUUGACCGAUGGUUCGCAAGACACCCAGAGCCCAGGGACAACCGUGGAUGAGGAACCGGUAAGGCAGAUUCGCGGCUUUCGCUGGUUCGCGAUGUGCAUCUCCAUUUACAUCACCUGCUUCCUCUACGGACUCGAUACCACCAUUGCAGCCGAUGUACAAGGUCCCGUCGUCAAGGCCUUCGGCCACAUCGAGCAGCUCACCUGGCUCGGCGCCGGCUUCCCCCUCGGCUCCGUUGUGGCUGUCCUCCCCGUCGGUGCACUCUACAAAAUGUUCAAUAUCAAAUGGAUCUUCAUCAUCUCCGUCAUCCUCUUCGAGGUUGGGUCCGCUCUGUGCGGCGGUGCACCCAGCAUGAGCGCCCUCAUCGUCGGCCGUGUCAUCGCCGGCGCCGGCGGCAACGGCAUCUACCUCGGAGCCCUCGUCUACUACUCGCUGCUGACGACCCCCAAGGAGCGCGGCCUGUAUAUGUCCCUCAUCGGCUUCUGGUGGGGGAUCGGUGCAGUUCUCGGCCCCGUCAUCGGUGGCGCCUUUUCCGUUUCUGCCGCGACCUGGCGCUGGGCCUUUUAUAUCAACCUCGUCCUCGGUGCGGUUGCUGCGCCGGCCUACGUUUUCUACCUACCCUCUCACCACCCUUCCCGUGGCAUAACGGUUAAGGAUCGUCUGGCACGCCUGGACUGGGUUGGGUUCAUCCUCGGGUCUGGCGUGUGGACGUCGUUCCUUCUGGCCCUCACAAUGGCCGGUGGGCAGUGGCCAUGGAAGGACGGGCGCACCAUCGCGACCUUUAUCUGCUUCGGCCUUUCGCUGGUGCUUUACGCUGUGCAGCAGGGCGUUCCACUCUUCGUCUCCGUCGAGAAUCAAUCGUUCCCAGUCUAUUUGCUUCGUCAACGUACCCAAGUGCUCCUCUAUAUCACAACUGCGGCCGGCAUCACAUCCCUCUUUGUGACAGUCUACUUUAUACCUCUCUAUUUUCAGUUUGUCCAAGGAGACAGCGCUCUAGUAGCCGCUGUGAGAUUGCUCCCGUUCCUGGCCGUGUGCAUUACUAUCAAUCUCCUCUCUGGAUACUUCUUAAGCACCAUCCAGUUUUAUAUGCUAAUGUACAUCAUCGCUUCAAUUUUCAUCACCAUUGCAGGUGCUCUCUUAGCUGUUUAUCUUCAUCCGCAGACUCCGACGGGAGCGAUCUACGGCCUGUUGGUUGUUCUUGCCCUUGGCACCGGCCUGGUCAUGUUGUCUGGUUUCGCUGUCACGACCCUAACCGUCGCGCCGCAGGACUCCGGGUCUGGCCUUGCUCUCCAGAGUGUUUCCCAGAUAGGUGCUCAGGUCAUUGCCUUAGCCAUCGCUGGCCAGGUGUUUCGUUCAACCGCUACCAGGAACCUGCAGUCUGUCAUGGCCGGUCAGGGAUUCUCGGAUGCCGACAUUCAAAGCAUCAUCUCCGGUGCAUCUAGUACCCUAUUCGAGCACUUAGAGGACGACUUGCGUUCGAGGGCUACAGAAGCUGUCACGGAUGCGAUGAAAAUUACGUUCUUGCUUGUUCCCAUUGCAGGUGGCGUCAUGUUUCUCGCCGCUCUCUGUAUGAAACGCGAGAGGCUCUUUGGCCAUGCCGUCGCUGUUGGCGGUUGA